GUUAAAAAGGAACAUGAGCCCCCAGCACUGUAAACUUUUUGUCGGUAGAUUGAACGUAUACACCAACAGCAAUGGUCUGCGCAAGCAUUUCGAGAAGUAUGGUCCAGUCAUCGACUGCACUGUCAUUGAAGAUAUGCACCUGCAGCGUUCCCGCUGUUUUGGCUUUGUAACCUACUCCACAAUGGAGGAGGCUGAAACGGCAAUAAAAUGUAGGCCGCACACCAUUGACGGCAAAACCGUUGAAGUGACUUGGGCCGUAGUGAGAGAGGAUGCCAACAAACCAGAGGCCCUCGCAAAUGUAAAGAAAAUUUUCGUUGGUGGUCUGAAAGACGACAUUGAGGAGGAACAUCUGAUCAGCCAUUUUAGCCAGUAUGGUGACAUCGAGAAGGCCACAGUCAUCUUGGAUAAGGAUACAGGAAAGAAAAGGGGGUUUGGCUUUGUGCUGUUUGUCGAACAACAUGCAGCCGACCGGGCAAUUGCAGAGAAGUUCCACAACAUCAGUGGAUAUAAAGUUGAGGUCAAAAAAGCCCUGACCAAGCAUUUGAUUCAGGACACCAACAGAGGCAUGAUAGCAAUGGGCAGGUGGUCGGGUAGAGGUGUGAGAGUAAAUAAAAAUGGCUACAGUAGCAGGGACUACGGCACAAACUACAACUAUGGAAAUGGCGGAGGCUACAACUUUGGUAGCAGCUAUGGAGGAUACCCUGGAUAUGUUGGAGGUUAUGGGGAUCAAGAAAGUGGCUAUGGUGGUAGAAACUGCUUCGAGUUUGGCAGUGGCUAUGGCCAGCAUUCAUCUGGUUAUGGUCCCAUGAAGGGGUCCUUGGGCCCUCAGAGGAGCUCUGCUCCCUACAGUGAUGGUGGUGGUGGUGGUGGUGGUUGCUGUUAUGAUGGUGGUGGUUUUGGCCCCGGUGGUUAUAGCGAACCUCCUCCUCUUCCUCCUCCACCAGAUCCUCUCCCUCCUCCUCCCUCCCCUCGUGCAGGUGCCUGCGGGGAAUCCUCUGGCUAUAAUCCCUGCUCGAUUGUACUUCCAUGCCACCGUGUGUUUGACUGUGCUGGGGGUGACUGUGAUGCUCCAUGCGGCGGUGAUGGUGGUGGUGGUGAUGCGUGUGCUGGAGUCUCUUUGGUUCAGUCCUCAGGAGCCGCUCCUCCUCCUCCUCCUCCUCCUCUCUUUGACCCUCCUCAGCCCUCUGCUCCUGAGCCUGGGCGGUAGGCGGGUGCUGGUCCAGGUGGUUCUCGCGGGAGCCCUUCCUCUUGGGCGCUGAUGCCUUUUUGUUUUUAUGCUCAU